CAACUACAUCAACGGAACAUUCUCAUUGGAUACGACUAGUUAAACUGUUAAACACCCACCUAACCUACCUGCCUGCUUACCUAGUAGUAUUUACCUCUUUGCUCAUCGUACAUAUCAUACACGUUGCUAUCUGCACUUCGUCACCUUGCAUUGAUAGCCUACCUCGUCAAUUCACUAAAAUGCCCCUUGGCGCUCAGCAGAUAUGACACUGACGAUAAAUGGAACAACAGCCAGAGGUGGAAAUAUUAGUCCAUAUUGGCGCUCCAAGCAGAGCAGUCGAUGAUACUCGGUACCGGUCCCUUACUACUUCAUAUCUAGAAUUUCAGCCAGUGCGCCGUGUCGAAGUAUUUAGCCAAGCUUCCUCUAGGCUAGGUAGGAACGACGAAAUAAAAAAAGAUCAGGGAAAUCUGCAGGAUCUCUUAAGGGACAUAUCCACGACCCAACCGUCAAGUGAGCCCUUCGGCACUCUUAAAUCGCCCCAGGCCUCAUUUCAGAGUGUGCUGGACAAUGCAGGCUCGCCCCGCGUGCCCAAGAGAUGCAUCCCCGAAGAUGAGUCAGCAAGCGCCGCAGAAGGGCUGACGAUGCCGAUGACACAAUCGUCAUGGCAAAGUCCAUCUAGCAUAGUACAAGAUUCGUUCUCGGAAAAUCACAUUGACAUCUCUAAUUUCACUUCCCCUACGAGAGUUUUAGAGCAUUAUCUUCAACGUUUCGAUUCUCCAUCGACGGGUCCGACCGCUUCUCAGAGGAGCGUCAACAGCAUCUCCCGUGGUAGCACUUCUCGAAAUUCUGAUCAUCCUAGAUCUGUGGCCAGACAUUUAGCCCCUUUAGUGCCAUGCACCCCAUCAGUUGUGCCAUGCACGCCUCCCGGCGACUCCCUUUCUCCCGUUGGGGGUUUAUCUAGGAGGGCGUACGCAAUGGAACACCAUAAAGGAUCAGUCCAACAAAAUCAACAGCAGAAUUCACAAUCGCAGGACGAGAUAACCAGUGAUGAUAUCAUUGAGGAAACCAUUAUGGAAUCAUCGCCAGACCUUCGGUCUCUCGUCAGAGCAGAUUCCGAACCAGUGCCAAAUAAGCAGUACAAGCCAAGCUUAAGCCCGCGGGCUCUUCUCAGAGCAGCCAGUGACAUUGGUCCAAGGCCAUCUUCUCACCAGAGGUCAUCUGUCCUAACCGUCAGCUUCCUGAGAGACCACGGAUACACUUACGAUAGUCUAGAAUUGCGGGCGCCGGAUCCCUCUAUCUCUAUGAUGGAGGUCGGGUCAGACAACUUCAUUACACCUGGGCUGGAAAGGCUGGCUCAGGACCUUAACAUCCCAAAACGAUAUAGGCCAAAAGAAAUGAAAAGAGAUUUACGCCCUUUUGAACGGGGAUAUUGGCUUGUGGAUUGUUCAGCUUGGGAUUCGCAACUCAAACGGGACGCCUGGGCAUACCUGGCAAAUUACAUCGGGACUGGGGUUGCGGGAUGGGGUAUUUGGUGUAGGAGGGAUGUAGAUUUUCGGUCGCUUCGGGUUUACUGUUGGGGAUUGGUGACAGCCCACGUUUACUUACUAUUAUACUUGGCUAGCCAGCGCAAGAUCCUGUAUACUGGGAGCUCUUGGGUUGAUAGCGAGGGCAUUCCGGUUGUGGUGAUGGAGACAAGGGACUAGAUAUGGAGCAUAAUUGGAGAGUAAGAUGGCGAUGAUAUGAGGAAGUCUGGUCACGGCGCGUGAGAUAGAACUUCAAUAAUAGAUACCCUUGGCACGACAUAAAGACCUUCGUAGCUAAGACUAUUCAUAAAAACGAGCUCUCUUAUUUCACGC